AGCGGGGGGAUAAGGGAGGUGCAGUGACGUCACACCGAGCGGUAAUCGGUACGGGCCGGAAGUCUGCGUGUAGGCAAGGGGCAGGCACGUCGCUGUUGUGUGACGCAAUGUGUGUGCGCCGCCAGCUGACGAGGAAGAGAAGUUGCGUAUAAGGGUGUGAUACCCGAGCUGGGCGGAAAGACAUAGAGUCCGACAAGGCGGCUUUGGGUGCGUCAGACUGUGCUAGGCACAGCGGGACUGUAUGGGGGCAGUGUGAGAGCCGUGUAGGGGAGGCUCCAUGCACACACCCAAACCGCUUCUGAGCUCCGCACAUCAUUCCCAGCAGGGGGCAGUACAGUAUCCAUGUGUUUAGAGUAGGUGCGGUACAGUAUCCAUGAAGUUAUUCUCUGCUGCACACAUGGAUACUGUACUGCCUCACCCCCAUCGCUCCUACUCAGUCAGGUGGCGCUGAUAUUGCGAGCUCACAAAGUCACACAGCCUGACAGACGCGGGACUGCCCUUGGCCAUUACAGCACAAAUAAUUCCAGCCUACCCGCGUCCUUCCGAUACCGAUUCCGCCGUGACGCGCUCUGACACGCAGCAGCGACUCCGGGGCCCACCAAUCAGAGACGCCGCCGGUGUCCAUGUGAUGGGGGGGAAGCGGCCCAGCUGCCAUUUUUGACACUGGCGGUAUAUUUGGAAUCUUUGCCCAUAAAACCGCUUUUCAUUUGCGCAUAAUAACAGCGAGACACGCAAACCUCGGCGGGCCGGAUUGAUAUCACCAACGGGCCGUAGUUUGCCCACCCCUGCACUAUAGGUUCCAUAUUAUGAUAUAACUUACUAUCAUACAGUAAAACCAUAGCCUGGGCAUCCCCAUACAGACAGCCUCAUACAGCCAGACCAACAUCCCUGAUAUAGAUCAAAGCUUUAGCAUCUCCACAUACAGAAACAAGUGCUUCAGCCUCCAUUGAAUUACUGACAAGCACCUAAAAUGGCUACUGCUGACUUACAGGGAAAAUAUCAGAAGCUGGCACAGGAAUAUUCAAAGCUGCGGGCUCAGAAUCAGGUGCUGAAGAGGGCAGUUGUGGAUGAGCAGGCCAACUCAACAGCGCUAAAGGAACAGCUGAAAAUGAAGGAUCAAUCCCUGAGGAAGCAGCAGCAAGAAAUGGACAGCCUGACAUUUAGAAACCAGCAAUUGGCCAAGAGGGUGGAGCUGCUGCAGGAGGAGCUCUGUCUCAUGGAAGCCAAGGGCAAGAAAACCAAGAAGAAUAUGGAUGCUGCUCAGCUGAGCCAGGAACAGAAAAGUGUAUUUGAUGAAGACCUUCAGAAGAAGAUUGAGGAGAAUGAGCGGUUGCACAUACAAUUUUUUGAGGCCAGUGAGAAGCACAGGCUGGUGGAGUCAGAGCUGAAAAGCAGGUUGCAGGAGCUGGAGACGAGCACUGCCCAACACCAAGCUGUGGUGGAUGGACUGACUCACAAAUACAUGGAAACAAUUGAGAAGCUGCAGAGUGACAAAGCAAAGCUGGAGGUGAAGUGUCAGGCUCUGGAGAGGGAAGCCAAGGAGUGCAGGCUGAGGACAGAAGAAUGCCAGAACCAGCUGAAGACACUUCAUAUAGAUUUGAGCAGCAGACUGGACGACUCCUUAGGCAUCAUUAAUGAAAAAGUGCCCUUUAAUGAUACAAGAACAAGCCAGUUGAAUGCCCUUAAUGUUCCUGUGCAUAACAAAAGGAAUCAGCUGAAAGCACGGGAAUUAGCAAGUCAGGGUCUGUCUUUUGUGCGAGAUCUGGUUACGGCUCUUCUGAACUUUCACACGUACACAGAACAGAGGGUCCAGAUCUUUCCUAUAGACUCUGCCAUCGAUGUCAUCUCGCCAUUAAAUAAGAAGUUUUCUGAAUACCUUCAUGAAAAUGCCUCUUAUGUGCGUCCUCUGGAGGAUGGAAUGUUACAGUUGUUUGAGAGCGUCACUGAGGACACUGUCACAGUGCUGGAAACUGCAGUUAAACUGAAAAUAUUUUCAGAGAAUUUUGCAUCCUAUGUCUGUUUUCUGCAAAAGAUUCUUCCCUAUCAGUUAAAAAGUUUGGAAGAGGAAUCCGAGUUUUCCAGUUGCACAUCAGCUUUGUUGGCAAGGAAUGUAGAACUGCACAACGACAUGAAGAAAAUAACAGCAGCUUUUGAUAAGCUGAAGACAUACAUUACUCUGCUUGCCUUACCGAGCACCAAACCAGAAGGACUGCUCAGAAGCAACUACGGGACCAUACUGACACAGAUUUCCGAGGCUCUCCAUAGACUUCAUGAUAUUACAAAAGAGCUCUCUAAACACUAUAAUAAUAAAGCUGCGCUGGAACAGGAGCUGCCAGCAGCCACCGAUAAACUGAAAACGACGAAUGAUUGCAUCUUGUCCUCACUGGCGGCUUUAACCAAUGUGACAAGCAAGAUUGCAACCUUCUUCGGCAACAACCUAGACUACUUCAUCUCCUCCCUGAGUUACGGACCAAAAGGGGGCCAAGGGUUUACAAACCCUGUGUCGGCUGAAAUGAUGCUUGAGUAUAAAAAGAAAGCAGCUCAGUAUAUGAACAGUUUGAAGAAGCCCUGCCCAGAUUCAGUGCCUUAUGAAGAGGCUCUAAUGAAUCGUAGAGUCCUUCUGAGUUCUACAGAAAGCAGGGAAGGUCUGGCACAACAGGUGCAGCAAAGCCUGGAGAAGAUCGGAAAGCUGGAGCAGGAGAAGGAGCACUGGAUGCUGGAGGCGCAACUGUCCAAGAUUAAACUGGAGAAAGAGACUCACAGAAUCGCUGCUCUCAUAAAGAGCACAGAGAUGGGGCAGCUGGCAGAGGUGCCACAUGAUAAUGCCUUCUUCUUAUUAAAUGCAGGGGAGCAUGGGAAGGCAAACUCAACAGAGACAAAAAGCACCAGUUUGAUUGGAAUGCUAACUGGCACUACAGAAGAUCUGCAGUCUCAGGAUUGCGACUCCACAGAAGAGCUGAUCAAAAAUCAUUACAUGGCGAGAAUAGCAGAGCUCACAACACACUUACAGCAGGCAGACAGCAAAUCGGUCCAUCUGUAUGCAGAGUGCCGGGCGCUUGCUAAGCGGUUAGCUUUGGCAGACAAAUCCAAUCGGAGCCUAAUAGAAGAGACCAAAUCUGCAGUUCAGAGCAUCAGCAAGUUACAGGAUGAAUUAAUUACAACUAAGAGAAGUUACGAGGAUCAGUUGAGUAUGAUGAGCGACCACCUCUGUAUUAUGAAUGAAACUUUGUCCAAACAACGAGAAGAGAUAGACACUUUAAAGAUGGCUACCAAGGGAAACUCUAAGAAGAACAAGAUGCGGUAGUUCAGACAAGCGGUUGCGCUUCAGAAGAAGUUGCUGCUAUACUCAUUGCAGGGUGGCCUUUGCUCGUCUCUGUGAGAGCGCCUGGUCUCUCUGUGAAUGAAACCUCGCUGUGAAAGAGAGUGAAGAGUAUCGGCCUAUUGGGGAAUGGGGGGGGGCAGAGGGUUUACCCUAUUGUGUUGCUCAAUCACUGCACUCCCUGUGGCACUGGAAUGGUUUGGGAACCUGUGAAAUUAUUAUUAUGGGAAAUGAUGUUUUAUAAAAUAAUGUCCACUCCAAACUAACCAAUUCCUUGGAAGUUGUUUUUAUUUUGCACUUUAAAGAGAAAAAAAGGAUUUUAAUUUCUUUCUUCUUAUAGCUUUAAGGUUUUUGUAUGCUCCCGCUUCAUGUAUGUGCCUCAUACACGUUACAGUAGGAUUUCCUGCCGAUUCUCACGUCGUAUCGUAGCCGGCACCUCCAUGUCUAAAAGGGAACCACUUCUUCCGUGCUAUCCAUCGUCUGUUUGCGCUGAAUUUUAAAUAAUGCCUCCUCCUCCUACAUUUCAUUGUCUGUAUAGUCAAAAAAAAAAAAAGAAAAAUCACGACUUUGUCAAUAAAUUCUUAUGAAAUUGU